GGGGCGAGGCGGAACACCAUGCAGGAUCCAAAUGAAGAUACAGAAUGGAAUGACAUUUUAAGAGAUUUUGGCAUUCUUCCUCCAAAAGAAGAGCCAAAAGAUGAAAUUGAAGAAAUGGUUUUACGUUUACAGAAAGAAGCAAUGGUUAAACCAUACGAAAAGAUGACUCUUGCACAGUUGAAGGAAGCUGAAGAUGAAUUUGAUGAUGAAGAUAUGAGAGCUAUUGAAAUAUAUAGAGAAAAGCGGUUACAGGAAUGGAAAGCUCUUAAGAAAAAACAAAAAUUUGGGGAAUUAAGAGAAAUUUCUGGAAAUCAGUAUGUGAAUGAAGUCACAAAUGCAGAAAAGGAUGUGUGGGUUAUAAUUCACCUAUACAGAUCAAGCAUCCCAAUGUGUUCGUUGGUUAACCAGCAUCUUAGUCUCCUAGCAAGAAAGUUUCCUGAAACUAAAUUUGUUAAAGCCAUUGUGAAUAGCUGUAUUCAACACUACCACGACAAUUGUUUACCAACAAUUUUUGUUUAUAAAAAUGGUCAGAUAGAAGGCAAAUUCAUUGGAAUUAUAGAAUGUGGAGGGAUAAAUCUCAAGCUAGAAGAACUUGAAUGGAAGCUAGCAGAAGUUGGAGCAAUACAGACUGAUUUGGAAGAAAACCCCAAAAGAGUCAUUGUAGAUGUGAUGGUAUCUUCAAUUAGAAACACUUCUAUUUAUGAUGACACUAAUAGCUCAAACAGUGAUAAUGAUGAUGCCAAAUAG